AUGUCCACUCGUGAGCCUGCUUUCCCCGUUAGCUGUCGAGCGCGCGCUGGACACGUUCACCACGCGCAUUCACACCCGUCUCUGAGCAGGAAGCAGUGGUCGGAAUCACCUGCAGGCGCAGACUUGCCGGCAGGCCCUGCGGAAGGUCUCCGAGAGGAAGGCGUAAAUGAUGAGAUUGAUGCAAGAGUUGCCGUAGGCCAAGCAACGAGAGAUGAUGCGGAAGGAAACAGGCGUACAGAAAUGAGGAGCAAUCUGUUUCAGCAGCUCCUGUGGCUGCUGGUGCUCCUCUCCGACGCUGUGCCAUUCAACGAUGAGAAGUUACUGAGAGAGAGAGCGAUCCAGCUGAUGCAAGAUACACGUUUAAUUGAUGGCCACAAUGACUUUGCGCUGCGGCUGAGAAUAUUUUACCAAAAUAGACUCAGUCAAGUCAAUUUACGGGAAGUCAACCAGACCCACACAAACCUUAGGAAGCUCCAGGCGGGCUUUGUGGGAGCUCAGUUUUGGUCAGUGUAUGUUCUUUGCAGCGCUCAGAACAAGGAUGCUGUACGCCUGACCUUAGAGCAAAUUGAUGUUGUCAAAAGGAUGUGCAACAGCUAUGAAGAACUUGAGCUUGUGACGACUUCCCAAGGCAUCUCGGACAGUACGAAGAUUGCCUGCUUGAUAGGAAUAGAAGGUGGCCACUCCAUUGACAGCAGCCUGGCCACGCUGCGGAUGUACUAUGAGCUGGGCGCUCGCUACCUGACUUUAACCCAUUCCUGCAAUACGCCGUGGUCUGAAUCAUCGUCUAAGGGAAUACAUAGGUUUUAUCCUAAUGUUGAUGGUCUCACUGAGUUUGGCCAAGUAAGAACUUCUUUUAUGGAACUGGAGCCUAAUCCACACAAGAUGCUUGUGAGGUUUGCAGAAAGCCUGAGUGGCUGUUCACUGUCUGUCUGUCUCUUUCAGAAAAGCAACAAGGGGAUUAUCAUGGUGACUUUCAAUGCAGAUGUACUGGCCUGUGGCAGAAAAGCUGUUACUGUUUCUACCCUGGCAGAUCAUUUUGACCAUAUAAAGAAAAUUGCAGGCUUUGAAUCAAUAGGAAUUGGUGGAGACUAUGAUGGAGUAGAACAUUUCCCUGAGGGACUGGAAGAUGUUUCUAAAUACCCAUCUUUGAUUGGGGAACUUCUUAGAAGAGGAUGGAAUGAAACAGAACUGAAAGGGGUCUUACGGGAGAACUUCCUCCGUGUCUUUAGGGAAGCAGAAAAGGUGCGGGACAGAGCACUAAUGGAUGUGGGUGAGAAAGAAAUCCCCCCAAAAGAAGUGCAAAAUUCCUGUCGCCUAGACCUAAGUAAUUAUCAACUUGCAUCCUUUGGAUUUCCUUCUGUGGCACGAUCUUUCAGUCUAACACUUGUAAUUGUAGUAUAUGUAAUAUUGUGUUAUACAUCAUAA